CGUCUGGCGGCGUGGGCGCGGCAGCGGGGUGACGUCACGGCAGAGCCGGGUCGGGUUACUGUAGUCCCAUUUCCCUCUUCCGUCUUCAGCUCCUGUUCAGUAAAGCGGCCGACUCGAAAGGAAAUAAGUACAAUGUCCCAUCAAACAGGCAUUCAAGCUGCUGAGGAGGUGAAGGAGAUUUUCGCAAAGGCGAGGAAUGGCGAUUAUCGGGUCCUGAAGGUUAACAUCGAGGACGAACAACUGGUUCUGGGUGGAACGAAGAAAGCUGGUAAACAGUGGGACCAGGACUACGACUCCUGUGUCCUCCCUCUGCUGGAGGACGGGGUACCGUGCUACGUUCUGUACCGGCUGGACUCCUCCAACAACCAAGGAUACGAGUGGAUCUUCCUGUCCUGGUCUCCCGACCAUUCUGCCGUGCGACAUAAGAUGCUGUAUGCUGCUACCAGGGCUACCGUGAAGAAGGAGUUUGGAGGCGGACACAUUAAAGAUGAGCUGUUCGGUACUGUAAAGGAUGACCUGUCUUUGAGCGGGUAUAAAAAAUACCUGACCUCCCAAGCUGCUCCUCUCCCCCUGACUGCCGCGGAGGAGGAACUGAGACAGAUCAAACUUAACGAGGUGCAGACAGACAUCAGCGUGGACACCAAGCAGCAGACCCUGCAGGGUGUGGCUUUCCCCAUGGACCGGGAAGCUGUUCAUGCUCUGGAGCAGUUCAAGGAGAAGAAGUUCAACUAUGUCCAACUUGAAAUCGAUUUUCAAAGAGAGAGCAUAAAGCUGUCCAGCACGGCUCCCACGGAAGUCAAGGACCUGCCGAAAAGAAUUCCCAAAGAUUCCGCCCGCUACCAUUUCUUCCUGUACAAACAUUCCCACGAGGGAGACUACUUGGAAUCCACAGUCUUCAUGUACUCCAUGCCCGGCUACAAGUGCAGCAUCAAAGAGAGAAUGCUCUACUCCAGCUGCAAGAAUCCGCUAAUCGACAUGGUGGAAACCGGCCUUCACAUCGAAAUAGCGAAGAAGCUGGAGAUUGAAAGCGGCGAUGAGCUGACCAGCGACUUCCUGUAUGAGGAGGUCCAUCCGAAGCAGCAUGCGCACAAGCAAGCCUUCGCCAAACCUAAGGGUCCCGCUGGGAAAAGAGGCGGACGUAGGAUGAUUCGAGGUCCAGGGGAAGGCGAGGACGAAGACUGAUCACCCCUCCAUAAUGGUUCACAUUGGAACAUUCCAAAUAGUGUAAGAAGACAUUUUUGAAAUUAAAGCAACCCCUAUAUUCCCUUUAUGAAAUCCUCAAAGUCCACUUGAGAUUGAUCUAUGCACACAGAUGAUACACUAGGCCUAGUCAAGCGUGAAUUUCUACUUGCAGGUCGCUAUAAGGAACGUACAUAGAAUAAGAUACACGUGAAAUAGAAUAUCAAUGCAUUCAUUGUAGAGCUAAGACAGGAAAUGCCAUAUUUUUAUGGCGGCUUUGAGACGUAACGGGAGCGUUUAUCCUCACGUCAGGCUGCGGGCGGCGCUUUGGGAGCAGCCCUCGACCAAUCUCAUUGUUUUUUUUUCUACAAACGGGACCAUCCUGUUCUUAUGAUAGAUUAAGACUGUAAAUAACCCAGGGGAAAAAAAAACAAAAAUAAAUAACAUAAAAUUA